CGUGAAUGGUGGAGCACAUGGAUGGUUCAGUUGCAUCCUUUAUGAUCACGCACAUGCAGAGCACCUGCUGCAGAGGAGACCCAAACCAGACCAGAAGUAGCUCUCCUCCAGCACUGGGGACCUACAGUGAUGGCCUUGAUUGGAUCUUUGAGCGCCGUAACCUGCCUGAAAUGCAUGUGGGAGAUGGGAUGCUCUUUGAACACCCGAGUGCCUACACUGCUUCUCCUCUCAGUGGAUCUCAGAGACUAUAUCUAUCACGUGAUGUCACCACCAGCGUGGCAACUCAGGAAGCAAGUUCAGAAGCAGGCUUCCCGCCCGACGUGGAGGAGCAGGCUGGCAGCGCUCCGCUUGUGUCGUGUGCCCAGGAGAGGGGGACGGACGGUCACCUGGCAGCUGUGCUUCCACUCGCAUCAGUGCGAAGAUACUAUUGCUGAGGCUGUCAACUACAAGUGUAGCUUGAGUUACGGGGCUUGGGGGCCGUUUAACUUAAUGACUGCUGGUUGUGAAAUGUCGUAAGAGCAGGGCUGGUAUAUGUGCAGCAGUGCCAAAGGCUAGGCGAUAGGGUCACACGAAACUGUAUUCAAAUGGAAACUAUUUGAAUAUUUGCUUUAUAUAGAUUUUUAUUCACUAUUCAAACAUACUAAAGUGUGCCCCUCAGCUGCUGAGCAAGCAUUUGUAGCUUGUACAGUGGCAGAAUGGACCUAAGGCUUAGUGUUGUAACCCAUUUUGAAAAUAAAGCAUCUUAGCCGGGCGUGGUGGUGCACACCUUUAAUCCCAGCACUCAGGAGGCAGAGGUAGAAGGAUCACUGUGAGUUCAAGGCCA